AUGAUUUCGUUGAAGAACAAUAGCAACCAAGAGGGAGCAAGCAAACUCUCUCCUGCUCCACAGGAACGAUCAGGUGCAACUGAAGAGAAAUUCCUCACCCCAGGUAUCUCAACCUACUUCAAGGAUUCUCAAUUGGAAAGCUUUCAGCCUGAUGUAGUGGCGACGGAUCGAGCUGUUGCUACUCUGGGCCUUGCAAUGAGAAAGCUUCAAAAAGAGCUGAAAAUGCUUGGAAACGAGCUGAGAGGUUCGAGUAAAUCUCCCCGGACUGAGGCUCAGAUGACAAUGAGUGAUACUUGUGGCCCAGAGGACUGCCUGAAUUUGUCAAAUUCCCAGCCGUGCGAUGUAUCAACCUCAUCGCUGAGAGUCUGUCCUGGAACAGCAAAGAAAGGAGAGCAAGAAUGGCGAAUCAGUUCAGACUUCACUCAAGAUCUUGAUGCGUCGGUUCAAGAAGACUCGCCCUCUAUGCCAUGUGCGCAUGACCAGAUCUCGGAAUCAACAGCCCUGCAGAACGAGUUGAAUGGUCGGACUGCAGAGGUGCAAGCUCUGUCUUCACACCUGACUUUGGUCACCCAAGCUUUCAAGAGACUCUUGGCUUCCAAGGAUGAAGAGAUUGCAAAUUUGAAGGGCAUGCUUCAAAUCAGAAAGAAUGGGAACCUGCUUCCAGUGAUGCAUGCGGCACGCGAUGCUUUAAGAGAGAAGGAUAUACAGAUCAAGGAUUUGCAACAAGCACACUUGCAGCACAUCUCGGAGCUGGAGAAGAAACACUUCGAAGAGAUUCGUAGGUUGCAGACAGGAACUCAACCAAGAAGAUCGCAGGAGACGCAGUGCUCUUUGGAUGACGGAGAAACGAUCACGUCAGUAGGAAGGCUUGCGACUGUGUACAACAGUGAGUUGAUGAGACACGCUCAACGAGCGGAGGAGCUGCAAAGGCUUGUCGACUCUCAGCGGCUUCAGCUGAACAGGAUGCAUCAUGUCUCGCAAGAGAGCAUCUACGCCAAGUUCACCAAGAUGACAGCUGAUGGAUCUAAGAAAGAAGCAGUUGACCCCCCAGGUUGGGUGACAAUCAAAGCAGGUAUCAGUGAAACCAAGAUCCUUGGUGACUUCUCUGGCCCAAAGCGAUUCUCUACCUGA